AAAUGGAAGUUAGCAGCAAUAUUUCUAUUGAAAAUCUCUCAACUCUUCUCUGUCUGUCUCCGUAAAUCAUCGCCUGAUCAAAUUGAGGGCAUUUUUCGACCGAACAGGGAGCUGAAGAAGAUUCGCGAUGGAUCUCAGCGACGAUAUCAGGAUGGCGCACAAGCGCACAUUCCUCAAAUUUUUCGAGCAAACUGAUUACAACAUUGAGCUGAAGAAAUCUCUCGAUUCGAUGUUCAACCAAAACGGCCGCCGUUGCGUGAUUAAUCUCGCCCAUUUCUACCACAACAGAGAAGGCACCGAUCUGGCGCGCAGGCUUUUGCAAACUCCGAGUGAGUACAUACAGCCGCUCUGUGAUGCGGUGACGGAUAUGACCAGGAGCACGAAUGCCAAGUAUCUCAAGGAAGGAGAGCAGGUUUUGGUUGGUCUGGAGGGUCCAUUUGUUUCGAGAAGGGUGACGCCUAGAGAUCUCUUGUCUGCCUUUAUUGGCUCGAUGGUUUGUGUUGAAGGCAUUAUUACUAAAUGUUCUCUUGUUAGGCCAAAGGUUGUAAAGAGUGUCCACUUUUGCCCUGUUACUGAUAAAUUCACAGUUCGGGAAUACAGGGACAUUACAUCAAAUAUCGGCUUGCCCACUGGAUCAGUGUAUCCAACACGUGAUGACAAUGGCAACUUGUUGGUGACUGAGUUUGGUUUGUGCACCUAUAAGGACCACCAGACACUAUCUAUGCAAGAGGUCCCAGAAAACUCAGCUCCUGGCCAACUUCCUCGAACAGUUGAUAUCAUUGUAGAAGACGAUUUGGUGGAUUCGUGUAAGCCUGGGGAUCGAGUGGCAAUUGUUGGGAUUUACAAGGCUCUUCCUGGGAAAAGCAAAGGCAGUGUGAAUGGAGUAUUCAGGACUGUCCUUAUAGCCAACAAUGUCUCUCUUCUUAACAAAAUGUCGCAGAAUUUGCAGUAUUCAAGUGAUGAUAUGAGAAAUAUUAGAAAGAUAUCUGAAAGAAAUGACACAUUUGAUCUACUUGCUAAUUCUCUAGCACCUUCAAUAUAUGGGCAUUCAUGGAUAAAGAAAGCUGUCAUUCUGUUGAUGCUUGGAGGAAGUGAGAAAAACUUGAAAAAUGGAACCCACUUGAGGGGUGAUAUAAAUAUGAUGAUGGUUGGAGACCCUUCUGUUGCUAAGUCUCAGUUGUUGAGAGCCAUCAUGAAUAUUGCUCCUCUAGCCAUAUCUACCACCGGUCGAGGUUCUUCUGGGGUUGGAUUGACAGCUGCGGUUACUUCUGAUCAAGAAACUGGGGAGCGAAGACUAGAAGCUGGUGCCAUGGUUCUUGCUGAUAGAGGAGUCGUUUGUAUUGAUGAAUUUGACAAGAUGAAUGACCAAGAUCGUGUAGCUAUACAUGAAGUGAUGGAGCAGCAGACAGUAACAAUUGCAAAAGCUGGUAUUCAUGCAUCUUUAAAUGCUAGGUGUAGUGUUGUGGCAGCUGCCAAUCCAAUAUACGGAACUUAUGAUCGUUCGCUAACUCCAACAAAAAACAUUGGACUUCCGGAUUCUCUGCUUUCUCGUUUUGAUCUGCUGUUCAUUGUUUUGGAUCAAAUGGAUCCUGGGAUUGAUCGCCAGAUUUCAGAACACGUGCUAAGAAUGCAUCGUUACCGAUCAGUAGCUGAUGGAGGUACAAGACUAGAUGAGAGCUCAAGAAAUGAGGUGGAGGAUGAUCCUGAGGCUGGUUCUACUGUUUUUGUCAAAUACAACAGAAUGUUACAUGGGAGAAAAUCUGACAGGAGUCGUAAACGUGAUACACUCACCAUCAAUUUUCUGAAGAAGUAUAUUUAUUAUGCCAAAUCCAAGACUCAGCCUGAGCUUACUGAUGAGGCAUCUGAACACAUAGCAACUACCUAUGCGGAGCUCAGAAAUGCAAGUUCAAAUACAAAGACGGGAGGGACACUUCCAAUCACUGCAAGAACCUUGGAAACAAUAAUUCGUCUAUCAACUGCCCAUGCUAAACUGAUGCUGCGAAGACAGGUGCUGAAGUCAGAUGCUGAAGCUGCUCUUCAAGUUCUAAAUUUUGCCAUUUAUCAUCAAGAGUUGAGUGACAUGGAGGCGCGGGAGAAUGAAAGGCUGAGAGAAAUGGAAAGAGACAGCGCCAUGGACACUGAGGCUGUUAAUAAUGAUGGAGCUCGUAGAACUGGAAGGAAAAAGAGCAACAAUGCUGGCUCUACUGCCACAACAGAUGAUACGGAAGCAAUGGAUGUCGAUCCACCUCCAACAAAUGAAGUCAACUUAUCAUCAGAGAGAUUGGAUGCAUUUAGCGCUGCAUUGGGGCGGUAUAGACACGCCCAACACGUUGAACAAAUGUCGAUUGCUGAUAUUGAGGGCGUAGUAAACACUGGUGCAGGCGCCCCUUACUCUGCAGCAGAGGUCAUGGCUCUUUUGGAGAUAAUGCACGACAAGGGCAGCUUGAUGAUCGUCCGGGACACGAACGUUGUUUACUUCAUGUGAAAAGAUAUCAUCUCCCGACACCCCCAUCCACCAGCUCAGCUCCGAAUAUCGCUGUCCAGGGACGAUGAUGUUGUAUUAGUCAUGGCUUACCUGAGAUGUCACUGGCGUUAAUUCAAAACUUCUAAUGUUAUAUUUCAUUUCAAAACUUGUAUUGGUGUACUAGAAUGCGUAAUCCAUCACUUUUCACUUGCAUUCAUAGUUGAAUUCUAAUGUUAUAUUUCCAGU